AUAAGUGUCGCAGUUUCUAAACGCGUGUCGUAUCAAGUCCUUAAUACUUAGCUCAUACUUUUAUGUGACUGUAAUUCCGUUCGAAAAUUGGCGCAGAUUCCCUUUUCCCUCCCUCUCUCUCUAAAAUUGUUCCUCUUUCUCUCUCUAAACUUGUGACUGCAAACGGAGCUAAAACCCUACUGGUUUCCACUUCUUAGAAUCCAUUUAUGCAAUGACCCGAAACAGAAGAAGUUCAAGGUCGGGAUCGAGGAGGGUCGAUGCAGCCAUUGAUGCACUGCUUCCAUUUGGGUUUUCUAAGUCCACUAUAACCUGCACUGUAAAUAAACUUCUAAAGGUUUACGGCGGGGAUUCAGGGUGGCUGUUCAUCGAAGAAGCAUCAUAUAGGCUGCUUAUUGAUACUAUAUUGGAGGAUCAAGAAAAGUGUUUACCAAAGGAUGCAAGUGAAGAAGAGGAUGGAGAAAUUAAACAUGCUCCUUCUGAACCAGAAAAUGCCAACACAGCCAUCCAGGAGGUUCUCUGCGAAAAGGAAGGUACAGUCAACACCCAACAUACCAAUAUAAGUGCACUAAGUAUAGAAAGAGACACUGGUCCUAUUGCACCAAGAGUGAAGAGAGGAAUUGGUCCAGUUGCACCAAGAGUGGAGAGAAAAAUUGGUCCAAUUUCACCGAGUGUGGAGAUGGGAACUGACCAUAUAAAGAGAGUAACUGACCAAAUACAGAGAGAAACUGACCAGCUUGUGAGAGGAAAUGUUAAUGAGCAUAGAGAGAGAGAAAUUGGUCACUUAGAGAGAGAAACCAAUGAUUCACGAAGUGGAGGUGUGCGGAGAAGAGCACCUUGUUAUGGUUGGCUCGAUGAGGAGGAUAGCUUUGUUCCAACAAAACCUGCUAUUGAAAGAAAACUCAAUGCAUCUGUUACCCAUACUUCAGUUUUGGGUUAUGAAGGGACUAAAACCCAUGUUUCUCCUAGUGAGGCACUAGUGCUCCUAGAAUCUACACCUAAGGAUAUGAUUGAGAGGGAAAUUGGUGAAUUUGAUGGAGAGAACCAUGAUUCAGUUCUUCUUGGGUGCCCCAAAACUCUUGCCACAAGUGUUCAGGAGCCCAUGCUGAGAGACCCUGUACCAAUGGAAUCUGCUUCUCCAGGGAGAGAAGGCACUGAAUCUGAUACAGUGAUGGCUGAGAACUCUGAGACUGAAAAACCAGGUCAACAAAGAAAGGGAGAGACUAUAGAUGAGUUCUUUAGAAGAGAGCAAAUGUAUUGUAGAGGGAAGAUUAUCUACGAGAGGGAAAGUGAUCGCACAAGAGACAGAACUCGGGAAGAGAUAGCGAGGAGUGAUAGCAGUGCUGAAAGAAAGAGAAGAUAUGAAGAGAGAGAAAUUCCUGGGAGCCAUCGAAGUCAUGAUCACACGAGGAGAUGCCAUAGGCAUUCUCAGAGGAGGCAUAGGUACCAUGACACUAAUCGUUACUGGGUUAGGGACUACGAUGAGAGAGAAACCACACAUGGUAGGGAUUCAGGAAGUUCUUGUAAAAGGCUGAGAGUUGAGGAAGAGGAUUGAAGAAGGCACAAAAAAAGAUGGGAUGUGGGGUCAGAUGAAGUUACCUAGACUCUCUCUCUCUCAAAUUUUGAGGCUUAACAUGUUCAGGAACAUCUUCUCAGAGUUUUUCUAUUGAUGUGUGAUGGGAGAGAAACCAUGCGAUAUGGGAAGGAGGGUUUUGUAUCAGGGAACUUCUUGUACAUAUUUUUGGUGUUUCUAUGAUCGAUGCGGAUGGGAGAGAACCAUGCUUUGUGGGAGGACAAUUUUGUAUAGGUUGUUCUCUCAAGAAGCUGGGAACAGACGAAGGGUACCAUAGAAGGCACAAAAACAGAUGGGAUCUCUCUCUCUCUCUUACUCUCACACACACAUUUGAGGCUUAAGAUGUUCAUAUACAUCUGUUUGGGAUCUUUAUAAUUCAUGUAUAUUCUAGUCUUGAAAUGGUUAUGUUUCUGUAGGGCUUUGGUGGAUGAAACUGACGAAAUGUAUGGUUUCCUGCACGUGAUUCCUUGGACUGUUGGAAUCAAUGGAGAGAGAGAAUAUUUAUUUGAAGAAUUGAUUGGAGAAAGUGGGGUUUACAAUUUGGGGUCGUUGUUGUCUUUUAAGAAUAUUGUUGAGAGAGAGGUAAUUCAAAUAUUAAUCUGACCUCUAGCACUGUACAUGAGAGAGAGAGAGAUGGACCAUCUUAUCUUUUAAGAAAUAGAGGGAAAGAUAGAGAGAGAGAAAGAGAUGAACCAUCGCGUCUUUUAAGCAAGAGACAGAAAGAGGGGUCUCAAGUCUCAAGUCUCAAGAACUCCUUAGAUAGCUGUAGAGCUAGAAAUGAAAUGGGCCUUGCUUUUUGUAAUGCCAAUACCAUGCAUGUUUGAUGAAUCAUCCAAAUAAUCAUAUUCAAACCUUAGAAAAUAUAAUUUUUCUGAACGGUCAAGGACUUGAAAAACAUG